AUGGCGAUCCAAACGAUCCUAGUUAUAAACAAGUCAGGAGGCCUAGUCUACCAGCGCGACUUUAUCAAGACUGGCGCAAAGCUCUCGAGCAACGAGUACCUUAUUCUGGCGGGCACGCUGCAGGGGGUGGUGGCGAUUGCGAGCCAAGUUACGCCCAAGGCACUACAAAUCUCAGCCAAGACCGGGUCAAAAACGGCCAAUGAGCCCAGCCAGCUCAUCCCCUAUGUUGGCAGCCUGGGCGCUCCAGCCCAAAACCUCUCCGACAUGGGCAGCUUCAUGGGGCAGGACUUCUUCAAUGAGAGCUUUCCCAGCUGGAACCAGAGCGGGCUGAAGCACGUGACUACGGACCAAUUGUCAAUGUUCCUUUACCAGACCCUCACAGGGCUCAAGUUCGUCGCUAUCAGUACCCAGAGCACCACCAAUGCCAUGGCCGUAUCGAUAGCCGAGAACCUGCUGCGCAAGGCGUACUGUCUGUACGCGGACUACGUCAUGAAAAACCCAUUUCAUGACCCCGAAAUGCCUAUCAAGUGCGAACUUUUCGACACGCAUCUAGCAGAACUAGUUGGGCAGCUGUGA